AAAACCACAAAAAAGAACUUUUAGCCAAAGUUAAGCCGGGCAUGAAGCCCAGUGAUAUUAAAAAACUAAAACGCUCCAAGUCGGCUAAUGAUUUACCUAAUUCUUUACCGGAACAAGAAGCCUUUUUGAAAGAACUUUGGCUGUUAUUACAUCCGCAAACUAAGAGUUUAUCUUUGACCGAACCAAUUAACCAAGAAGCACUAAAAAAGGCCUUGAAAGGCCAAUUAGACCAGCUAAAAGAACUUGGCAAUUGCCCACCGCAAGCCUUAUUAGCCGACCAGUUAAAAGAAAAGCAAACUGAAAUUGAAACUUUACGAGCUCAAUUAGAACAAAAAAGCACGGAAUUAACUCAAACUAAAAGCGAACUUGACCAAUCUCUGGAAGCUCGUUGUCGCUCUUUAACCACUUUUGGCCAUGAGCAUGAAAAAAGGAAUAAAGCCCAACAAGAGUUAAACGAAACGGUAGAAGAAGCUGCUAGUGAAUUAAAUAAAGGCAACCAAGAAACUAGCCGUUAA